AUCAACCUAUUGGAACCGGAUUUACAAAUAUUUCCAUGAACACAAGACCUUCAAUUCAGAUCGCUCUCAAGGCUCACUUAAUCACCGUUGGACUGGCAUACGUGAUGCGGUCUUUGUGGAUGCUUAAGUCGGGUUGAGAAUAGGAAUCAAAGUGGUGUCACCAUUGAGGACAAGUUAUCGUAGGCUAGAAAGUUGUACAAGGCAGAAAAUGAAAAUAGAGCGUUCACAUACAUGGAGUGCUACCAUAUGUUAAAGAACCAACCAAAGUGGUUUGAUAAGCGUAUUGAGAUGGCAGAGUUGGAAGCUCAAAAAACACCAAACAAGAGGCAAAAGAGUACCACAAAAUCAACAGCUGUACUUUCAACAGAUGUGCCUACUGAAGGAAAUAUUGGUGAUGGGAGCGAGAGCACAAGAAUUGAUGCUGCUACAAAUACUCUAGAAAGACCAGUUGGAAGGAAGAAGAUGAAAGAAAAGUUGAGGCAACGAUUUGAUCGAUCCCAUAUCGAAUCAUUGGACUAUCUGUGGGCCAAGAAGAAAGAGGCUGAUGAGGAGAAAGAGAUCAAGAAAGAGGAGAGGUAUAAUCAUGCAUUCGCACUAGAAGAACAAAGAAUUGCAGCGGAAAAAGAGAAGUUUGAGUUCAAGAGGAUGAUAGAAGAAGAGAGGAUUUUGAGAACAGAUGUUUCUAACAUGGAUAUCUCUCAGCAAGAAUACUACAAGAACCUAAAGGACCAUAUUAUUAGUCGACGUCUAAAUAGCUCGACUGAAUAGUUGAAGAAUAAGUGAUUUGCCAUAUUCAUACAUGUUUGCUGAAUUUUUAGUUUUGUUGGACAUUCCUAGCAGAUUCGUAUUGUUUGUCACUGAACUAUAUGGUCUGGUGCUGUUUUGUACUUAGACUAUACUGAAAGUAUGAUGUUUUAGGCAA